AUGGAGGUGAAGGAGGAGCAGAGCACGAAGAGGAAGAAGCAGAAGCAGGGAAGGUUCUGGACAUGGGUUGCAGCAUCAGUGUUGUUCAGGCUCAUUCUCAUCUACUUCCCCAAAAAUCUCAACCUCUCUUCUCGCCCCGAAGUCUCCACCCCUCUCACCAGCCUCCGUCGCCUGGCUGAGGGUUACUGGUUGAAGCAGUCGUCAAUGUCUCCCUAUGCAGGAUCUAUGUACCACGGAUCUCCUUUGUUACUCUCACUUCUUGGGCCACUCACAGUCAAAAGAAUUGAAGGGCAACCCAGUCAUCUUCUAUGCAGUUUGGUUUUUGUGGUUGCAGAUAUAUUGAAUGCAAUGCUUAUUCGUGCUACUGGUCAGACUCUUCAGGUUGCAUAUAGGCAGAGUUUGAAAUCACUAGAUCUUGAUACGAUAUCAGAAAGAAUGGAGGUCCUCUCUUCAGGAGAUAUUGCUGCUCUUGUGUACCUGUGGAAUCCUUUUACAAUAGUUGCAUGUGUGGGUUUGUCAACAUCUCCAAUUGAAAAUCUGGCCAUCAUAUUGGCCCUCUAUGGAGCAUGUAAACGAAUGGUUCCCUUGGCUGCUUUUGGAUGGGUCAUGGCAACACAUCUGUCUCUUUAUCCUAUGAUUCUCAUAAUUCCAAUAAUUCUUUUAUUAGGAUAUGGUCCAGAUACUCCUAGGAAAUUGUUGCUGAUGAGGAGAUAUGGUAAAGUUGAAGAUAACUCGUCAAGUGAUAGUUGUCAACAACAGGAGAAAGUUAUUAAUCAAUCAGACCUACCCAAAGUUUUCGCUUGGAGACCUGCCAUGCUUUUCUUAUUGUGGGCUAUUAUGUGGUCAGUCUAUGUGUUACUCCUUUGUGGCAUAUCUGUUAAACAGUAUGGUGGUCUCUGGGAGAUGUUUGAAAGAAUGUAUGGUUUCAUUCUUACCGUGCAAGAUUUGUCUCCGAAUAUAGGUGUCUUAUGGUAUUUCUUUGCAGAGGUCUUCGAUUUUUUCAGAAAUUUCUUCCUGAUUGUUUUCCAUAUGAAUAUUCUCUUUAUGAUAUUUCCAUUGGCCAUACGGCUGAAGCACCGUCCCUGCUUUCUUGCUUUUGUCUACAUCACCAUCUCAUCAAUGCUUAAGUCUUAUCCUUCUGUUGGGGAUUCAGCUCUGUACUUUGGUUUGUUGGGCUGGUUUGUUAAUGAACUGUCAGAAAUGCAAUUCUCAUUCUGCCUCUUCAGUGUUUAUGUUGGGGUUUCCCUCCUUAGCCCUGUGAUGCACAACCUAUGGAUAUGGAGGGGCACUGGCAAUGCAAAUUUCUACUUCGCUACUGCAAUUACUUAUGCUUGUUUGCAGAUGGUUCUGGUGGUUGAAAGUGUAAGUGCAAUGCUCAAUCAUGACCGGAAGCUAAAAAAGUUAACCAAUGCAAAGCUUCAAAAUGGAAAAUCGUAA